AUGGGUCAGAGGCAGGGUGAUUACAAUGUUUCAGGUGGAUUUGAUAUGCAAUCGAUUGGAAAUUUUUUGAGUUUUGCAUCCAGAGGCGACAGGGUUGGACUGAAUCAGAUGUUAAGGAAUGGUAUUUCUCCUGACGUGCAGGACUAUGACAGGAGAACUGCUUUACAUCUUGCCGCCAGUGAAGGCCAUGCCCCCAUCGUCGAGCUUCUUCUACAUUAUAAGGCCAAUGUUAACCCCAUUGACCGAUGGAAGCGUACUCCUUUGACAGAUGCAACACUUUAUGGACAUCGAGAUAUUUGCAGAAUCCUAGAAGUAAAUGGAGGCAAGGAUAUUGGUGACAAAGAACUCAUCAAUGAUCAGCCAACAAAUGAUCAGGCACCAAUGACAGUUCGAAAUGAGAAAGAUUCAAAUGAAGUAAUUGAUAUCUCGGAAUUGGACACAGAACAGUCAUCAAUAAUUGAGCAGCAGGGUGUAUUUGGUGAAUCUGAAAAGGUGAAAUGGCGAGGAACAUGGGUUGUCAAAACAGUGAUCAAAAGACAGAUUCAGCACCCUGUGAAAAUGAUUUUGUCUUCCAAGGAUAAUAUUCUCUUACAAGAACUUCGACAUCCCAACAUCUUACAGUUCCUUGGUUCAAUUGUGCAAGGAGAAGAGAUGAUUUUGAUUACAGAAUAUCUACCCAAAGAUAACUUGGAUCUUAUACUGAGGAAGAAAGUUCGGCUUGACUUUCCUACUGCUUUGCGCUAUGCACUUGAUAUUGCUAGGGGAAUGAAUUAUCUUCACGAGCACAAGCCAAAUCCAAUAGUGCACAACAAUUUGGAUCCGAGGAAUUUAUUUCAAGAUGAAAGUGGGCACUUAAAAAUUGGGGAGUACUGGGUUCAAAUGCUGUAUGAACAAAUUCAACCAAAUCAAGAAAAUUGUCAAAUAAAUGAAAAUUCUAGGAUGCCAAACAUCCUUCCCAAUGAUACCAUGAAAGAUGUACGUGCGUUUGGGUUCAUAUUUUAUCAGAUGUUAGAAGGAAGACAUGUCCUAAACGACAUGAACUUUGACUACAUACAUUUAAAUUCAGUUGAUGUGGAUAUUAAGUUUCCAAUAAGCCGAUGCCCUAAAAGAAUUCAACAGUAA